GGCUGCGGGGCUGGCGCCCUCCGGCCGCCGCCGUGGCGCGGUGGCGGAAAGAUGGCGGCGGCCAUCGAGUGAGCGGCGGCGGCGGGCCCGGCGGCGGCCCCGGCGGGCGAGGAUGCAGUAGGGCGCUGACCAUGGACCAUGACGCCCCCACCAUCAGGCCCCGCCGCAUCCAGAACCAGAACGUCAUCCACCGCCUGGAGCGCCGCCGCAUCAGCUCGGGCAAAGCCGGCACCCACUGGCACCAGGUGCGCGUCUUCCACCAGAACGUCUUCCCCAACUUCACCGUGGUCAACGUGGAGAAGCCGCCCUGCUUCCUGCGCAAGUUCUCCCCCGACGGGCGCUACUUCAUCGCCUUCUCCUCCGACCAGACCUCCCUGGAGAUCUACGAGUACCAGGGCUGCCAGGCGGCAGAAGACCUCCUGCAAGGCUACGAGGGGGAGAUCCUGGCCAACGGCAACGACCAGAGAUCCGUCAACAUCCGCGGGCGGCUCUUUGAGCGCUUCUUCGUCCUGCUGCACAUCACCAACGUGGCCUCCAACGGGGAGCACCUGAACCGCGAGUGCAGCUUGUUCACCGACGACUGCCGCUACGUGAUCGUCGGCUCCGCCGCCUACCUGCCCGAGGAGCCGCACCCGCCCUUCUUCGAGGUUUAUCGCAACAGCGAGUCGGUGACCCCCAACCCCCGCUCCCCGCUGGAGGACUACUCCCUGCACAUCAUCGACCUCCACACGGGCAGGCUCUGCGACACGCGGACUUUCAAGUGCGACAAGGUCAUCCUGUCGCACAACCAGGGGCUGUACCUCUACAAGAACAUCCUGGCCAUCCUCUCCGUGCAGCAGCAGACUAUCCACGUCUUUCAGGUGACCCCCGAGGGGACCUUCAUCGACGUGCGGACCAUCGGGCGCUUCUGCUACGAGGACGAUCUGCUGACCCUGUCCGCCGUGUACCCCGAGGUGCAGCGGGACACGCAGACGGGGAUGGCGAACCCCUACAAGGAGCCCUUCAUCAACUCCCUGAAGCACAGGCUGCUGGUGUACCUGUGGCGGAGGGCGGAGCAGGACGGGAGCGCCAUAGCCAAGAGGAGGUUCUUCCAGUACUUCGACCAGCUGAGGCAGCUCCGCAUGUGGAAGAUGCAGCUCCUGGAUGAGAACCACCUCUUCAUCAAGUACACCAGCGAAGACGUGGUCACGCUGCGGGUGACGGAUCCGUCUCAGCCCUCGUUCUUCGUCGUGUACAACAUGGUGACCACAGAGGUUAUCGCCGUGUUUGAGAACACGUCCGACGAGCUGCUGGAGCUGUUUGAGAACUUCUGCGACCUCUUCAGGAACGCCACCUUGCACAGCGAGGCGGUCCAGUUCCCCUGCUCAGCGUCCAGCAACAACUUUGCCAGGCAGAUCCAGCGCCGGUUCAAAGACACUAUUGUGAACGCCAAGUACGGAGGGCACACGGAGGCUGUGCGGAGGCUGCUGGGCCAGCUCCCCAUCAGCGCCCAGUCCUACAGCGGCAGCCCGUACCUCGACCUCUCCCUUUUCAGCUAUGAUGACAAGUGGGUGUCAGUCAUGGAGCGUCCCAAGACCUGCGGCGAUCACCCGAUAAGAUUUUACGCUCGGGAUUCUGGCCUCCUGAAGUUUGAAAUCCAGGCGGGACUCCUGGGGCGACCCAUCAAUCACACGGUGCGGCGCCUGGUUGCGUUCACCUUCCACCCCUUCGAGCCCUUUGCCAUCUCGGUGCAGCGCACGAACGCGGAGUACGUGGUGAACUUCCACAUGAGGCACAGCUGCACGUAGGGGAACACGUGGCCAGGGCGGUGUUCUCCUCGGGUCUGGGCCUCUGCCACAGACACACCAAAGCCGGGCUCUCACGCCUUCUAGGAAACCAAACCAUCGCUCGUGUCAAGAAAUCUGACCUGGGAGCUCCUACCAGCCUGCAUCCCGCAGCCUCAGCUGGGGAAGGCUGAGCAGCCGAAGGCCUGGGAGUGUUUCUUCUGACUCUGUUCGCACUGCAGCGUCCCCACUGCGCUGAGCGCUGCUGCUGUUCCCUACUCCUAUUGAUGAACAAAGCGUAGCUGGGAUUCCUUUCGUGAUUUCCCAGAGGCAUGUCUGUUUUCUCCCCCGUUGUCUGUCUUGGGAUGGCGAGUACGGAGCUUUGCAACGUGUUUGUGGAGCGCUCCCUUCUGCACUGAUGCUUUCCUACCUUGUCAAGACAAACAGUCUGUCCUAGAGGGAAUGGAUGGAAGCCAUGGGGAGGGCUUAAAAAUACAGCUACCUGUGUUUGCAUCUUCAGUAUUAAUAGGGAAACGAAACCCUGUUCUCAUCCACACAAUCUGCUCACGUGAGUUUAAUAUGCAAGAGGUUAGGGGAAAAAAAAAGUGUGAGAAAUCACUGGAAUUGAGAGAGAUGAGGUGUAUUCCUGACUCUUAUGCAAGUCACUUAAUUUUUGUGCCUUAGUAUCCGUAAAGCCCCUAAGUGCAAGCUGGUGUGUUAACACCAGAAGGCCAGUGCAGCUGACUGUGUCUCCAGCGUAUGAAAAGGUGGGCACAGGAGGAAGGCGGGUGGCUGGGAGAGGUGUGGGGAGCAACAACGGCUCCUUGCUCACGUCAGAGGACUUCUUUCUGCAGAGCGUGGACAAAUCCUCGUGGGCAUCUGCAGGUUCUGCUGCUGAGGAGAAAAGAGACCCAGCUGCUGGCACCCUCCUGCGCACUGCAGUACGGACGUGGAGGAUUAGUAGCAUUUGGGUCUCCCCAGAAAGGAAGGAGGAGACCUGAAUUACUGUGCGUUGCUGCAGGUUUGCAGUUGAGAGCUGAGUUUGUUGACUUAGGUUGCUUACCUACCCCGUUUGAUACGUUGUUCUCUGUGAGAACCCCUUUGGACAUUCGCAGGCUUCGAAGCACAACCGGCUGGUGCAUUAUGUUCAGCGUGCUGCUGACCGGACCGCUGCAGUGUCUGUGCUGCCUCUAGAAUAAGCUCCUGGGUGUAGUAUUACCUGUCCCGUGAGCUGGAGGGGGUGCUGGGCUGCCCUCCUCUGUUAAAAAUGGAGUUUUUGGUUGUAGAUGAACAUCUGGGUUUAUGACUGUGCCGUAAGGCAGUUGCAGCCAUCCCAUGUGAGGUACAGAGGGGGCUUUAGAAAUUUGGUGCUUGUACGUGGGAGACCCCUGCUUUGAAGGGCCCUGUUGGUGUCAUCUUCGGACCAAAAAGGGCUGUGGGUGAUGUGGCCACAUGCCUGUGAAGGAACAGUAUCAAAGCCACGCGUUCGUUCUGCGUAGUGAUGCGUAGGAAAACAACCGUGUGUGGUGGUGGUGGUGCCUGCGUACAGCGUGGCUAUCAGGCCUUGUAAGGGAAGGUGCCCCAGGGUCCUUGAAAUCAGCCGUCACUCUCGGUCUCAUGGUGUUUCUCUCCUCUCCUGGCCUCCCUAAACGUAAUUCUAGGGCAAGACACUGUAUUUCACUGCUCUUUUCCUGGUGUUUGCACUGUUGGUUUCUCAGGUCUGUCGGGAGCGACUUCAGGUCGGAAGACGGCUAAUAGGGGAGGCGCCAGGCCACACGUGCUUUGGGUCUGGGCUCCUCUCCACCUGAUAACACUAUUUGUCAAGGUCUUAGGUUUUUAUCCUGUGAUCCGUUCCUCAAACAUUCAAUUAAAGCUCCACAUGGAGAAUCAUUUGCACACUGUAGACCAUGGAAUUACCUCCUUCCUGCACCACUUUCACGUUUGUUCACACUUUCAGUAUGAGGCUAUUCUUUUCCAAAGCUUUCAGCAGCUCUGUCCAAGACUGGGUUUACUCCUUGGUGUCACAGCCUGGGACGUCAGUGCUUAUUAAAAUGGUUGUCAGAUCUCCAUUUAGAUAUUUUUUUUUUUUGGGUGGCAAAAAUAUAAACCACUUCAGCGUUUCUGCAGUAGGGGCUUUUGCCAGAGUCAGGCUAUCCCGUGUGAAGCAGAGAGCGUGGCACAGCAGACGAUGGAUUAUUGGACUUGGGGCUGAGAGACCAGAGGUCUGUUCUUAGCUCUGCUAUUAAAUUGUUUUGUCACUGGGGGCAAAUCUAUUCCUGUUCCAGCUGGUGUUUUCUUCUCUGUAAAUGAGGCCAAAACCAUAUUUUAAGCUUUUGUAAAAAACACUUUGAGAUUCAUGGAUAAAAAGUGCUGGGUAAGUGCUAAGUAUUUUCUUAUUAUGGUUGCAGACAAACCGAUUGAUUCAUUCUGGGUACUAAUUGUCUUGGAGUAGCAUUGCAGAUCCUCUGGUUGUGGCUGCUGCUGCUGCGUUUUAUAUCUACAACAGAUUUAAUUUUAUUACAUAAAUGUGUUGGAAGAAAAGUCUCUCAUGCUUGAAAUUUUGAUUCUUUAUUAAAAAAAAAAAAAAAGCGUGUGGUGGGGAGGGUGGGAGGAAAGGGGAGAUAUUUUCUACCUGAUAUUUUUCCUAGGCUAGGAUGAAGAUUUGUUAGCAACACAAGACAAAAAUGGAAUAAACAGAAUUUGCUUUAAGAGCCUGACUUACUGGUAUUGUUUUCCUAAAAUCUUAGUGGUGUAGCCAAGAAUUCCAGUGCUGAGAAGAGCUGGUAGGGCCGUGCCUUGGACUGUGCAGGCAUAUACUGAAUGCUAGUUUGCUGCCUCUUCUUGGCAUCUGGAGUACCGGCGUGCUCAAGGAUGUGCUGCCGUGGGUAUUUCUGUAGCUACUGCAGAUUUCUCAAAUUCUUCUCUACUCGAGCUAAUGCUGGGGGAGGAAUACUUGGCCUUCAGGUAUGUUUUCCCCUUUUUUUAUUGUAUUACCAGCCCAAGUUGUACUCAGACUCUUCCUUUAGUCCAUUUGCGUAGCCUUGUGGCCAUUUGCUGCUGAUGCUCCACCAUCAAGAGACGAAAGCGGAUCAACACAGCUCGCUUGGCAGAAGUCAUCGCCUGCCCAUUGCUUUUCGAUUGGGUAAGGCACUCGCAUUUUCCAGCUGCGUGUUGCUCCCAGCCACGAGGCAUCUUUGCACAACAUCGGGGCUGGAAGCGUCCGGACGGUUCUCCCCAAAGUCUGGGAGCCCCCUGCAAUCUGCUGCUGCUCUGUAAUGACCCAGCGUCGUGCCUGUUGGUUCCUGUAUGCAUCCACAUCGUGGUCCUGAGAGCUGCUUUCCUUUGAACCCUUCCUCCAUUUCGUGUCUGCACUCCUCCGAUGCUUUCCUUUGGAGACCUUGAGCAUGUCAGAAAGCUCUUGAGCCCGUGCCUUUUCAGAGCGGCACUAAGUGACGAGGAGAUGCUUUGCUUGGAAACCAUGUUUGGCAGGCAUUGGAAUCCCAUCUUUUGUUACUUCUUGUGCUGCCUGCUUCUAAAAAAACAAUAUAAAAGCAGGACACUUGUGAUAUUUGUUAUAUAAACUGCAUUAGGCAGCGAGCUGCAGAAAUCCCGACAGAAUCAAACCGAUGCGUCCAUUAGCGGCAUGUCUCUGCUCAAGACUCCUUUCGUUUCACUUUCCAGCCCCGAGCGGCUGCCCCCUGAUUUAGCUCCCUGAUGUUCUCUAUUUAUUUUCCGACCCCUCCUUUUGCUCAGGUGCUGGUCUGCCUGUUAUGCUUCCUUCCCUUAGUCUCUUCUGACCCAGCUGGAAGAAUCAGACUUCUGAUGCUUUAUUUCAUGUAUUUUCUUAAUUUGUCUGUCUUGUUUCUGUCCUCUGUUCCUCUUCUGCCAUUUCUUCCUGCAGGAUCUCUCAGGACUUUGAGAAAAGAGAUGACGAUGGCUGGGAGGCGGUGGGACAGGUGGCCCAACAGCUUUCCUCUGUCUCUGAACCUUUAUCAGAAAGCUGGGUCCCGUGGGCAAGCAGUGGGACAGGAUUUUGUGGGCUUGCUUUUGCGCUGCUCUCAUAGCUGUUGGUGUGCCUGCACACCUGUACCUUCCGGCCUGGUCAGCGUGGUUGUAAAAGCUCUUCUGGCCAAACACUCCUCAUGAGAAGGGAAUGGUGAAGAGGCUUUUAUUAUUAUUUUUUCCCUUGCUCCUGGGCUGUGGGGGCUGAGCUGUGCAGCCGGUCAUCGUAGCAGUAGCAGCCUGGCGCUCCCUGCCAGCUGGGCUGGCUGCUCGGCAGGCAGCGUCCCCUGCUAGAGCUGCUUUCUGCCCGAGGGCUGAUCCCCCUUUGUUUCCCUCGGGGCAGCAACCCGGGAAGGGCUGUGCUUAGCGUGUAAGGAAGGGAGAUCUUAGCAAAACACCGACGUGGAAAAACCCUGAAUUGCACGUGCUUUUCCUGCUGUUAGGACGUGAAAACACCGCAGCGGCUUUAGACCAGCGGUGUGGAAAUGAGUAAUUUCUGGGGGGGCUGCUGAGGUCCUGCAGGAGGGGAGAACUGAACAGGGGUGGUUUGGGCAGGGGCAUGGUGUCCCGAAUCUCAGCCACUUGGGAGCCGAGGGAUGUGCUGGCCCUCGCCUGGUGGGCAGGGGGUAGAGGGCAUCAAGUGGGCCCAUAGGCUUUAUGGAAUUUGUGCAGGGGGAAUUUUUUACCUUGUCUCUUUGUUUCCCCCCUCCCAUAAGUCAAAUCCUUUCCUCGGGCACCUUCUUGUUGUCUGUCGGCGGUUUUGCAAAGGUGCCACAUGCACCUGGCUAUCUGAGGGCAGUUUAGAGGAGGUGGGACCGUUCCAGGCUGGGAGGAGGGCUGCAGGGAGAGGAGCCUGCCAGGGCAGCUUUCCCGGAGGAGCAGCAGCUCGGCCUUUGGCCACCGAGGGAAAAAAUCAUACGGGACCUGCAACAAGGCGAUGGAAAUGUGGGGAUAACGCUGCGAAGCUUCCGGUAGUUUCUGCAUUCUGCAAGUGACAGUUAGACUGAAUUCAGCCCCUUUAAAGCCAGGAGCGUGUUACUGUUACGUGGGGCUGUCCUCCUGCCCUUUCGUUCUCCCAGACAGCUUCGGGACGUGCCAGGGACAUGGACCAAAGCAGCCCUGGGGUACUGGGGCAGGGAGCUCAGCGGGAGAGGCAGGGAGGCCCCACCAGCGCCGCCCUGAUGUGAUUUAGGGCGCAGUAAGAGCAGCGGGCCGGGCCGUACCCCUCCGAGCGCCUGCUCGCUGCCCGGCUGGCCAUUUGAUAGCUGCUCGGUGCUGCUCAGAGGUGCGGCGUGGAGCGGUGCUGGAUUAGGUGUUCCCGCUGCCCUUGGCCAGCGCCGGGAGAUUUCGGCGCUCGCCCUCCCGCCUCCGGCCCAGCGUCGCUACGGCAACGGGGAGAAACAGCCAUCCGCAUGGAAACGGCCUCGCUGCGCCCAGAAUCGAGGGGAGAACGGGUCAAGAGGUGAGUUCGGAGGGGCGAGGGGCACCGGCGAGCAGCCCUGGCCCUGCUGCGGCUGGGUUGAUUCCCGGAGCGAGCCGCAGUGGCGUUGGGGACCCCUCCUGAAACACCGGCAUCGCCCCCGAGCAGCCCCAGCACACGUUCCCAUCUCUCCAGCCUUGAAGGAUGGCUUUCAUUACUGCCGCCCUAUUAUUUUCAGCCAGUCCCGAGGUCAGGGUAAGGCCCAGAUCCGCCGUGCUGGUAGCCACAGCAGCACACAGCUAGGUCACCGUUUCAGCCCUGCCUUCAGUGCUGGCAAAAUCCCCCCCCCUUGGAAGGGAGAAGGGGCAGCUGGCGGCCAGACAAGGUCUCCUGUAACACGGGGCAAACACACGUCACGGCGAUAGCUCGCCCUCUCGCAGGGAUUUCUGCGCAAGGAGCUGGUUUUGGAGCUUCUCCCGGCGCUGAGGCCGGCUGCUUCCCUGCCGCCCGCUGUGCGGAGGAGCCCAGGGGGCUGCCCCCGUCUCUGUCCCUGUGCUGGUGCCGUUAGGGAGCGCUCGGCCCUGGCAGCUCAGGAAAUUGAAAAUUUACCUCUGCCGUGGAUGCAGCAGGAGCAAAAUGAAAGGCAGCGUCCAGCUCCUCGCGAGGGGUGGCGUGGGGACCAUUCCUGGCAAUUAGGAGAGCAAGGUGUUUGCCUGCGGCUGCUGCACGAAGAGAUUAGAGCCGUAUUUUACCACCUCAGCUUGGGACCUGCUGAAAAGGCUGCUGAUGAGAGGCUGGGGGGGAAUGCGCGUCUUUCUCCUGCCUGGCUGUGUUUUAUUUGUUAGCCAAAGCCCCACGUGCAGUGGGUAAACCCGGUCUGCUCCUGCACGGAGGAGCAAGCAGAGGAAAAGGGGCCGAAAGCUGGAGUCUUUGGUGGUGUGGCUGGGAGGCGUGAUGGAUGUCGGUGUGAGGUGCUCCGAUGUAGAGUUUGGCUUUGCAAAAUGAACCGUGAAGUGGCAAAGCACCGAGGAUGGAUUUCAGAGCCAGCUCAGAAGGGAAAGGAAGGUUUUGAGGACUGUUGUUGCUGCUUGGGGAGGCUUGGGAGCAGUCUAUAAAUAUGGUGCUGGGACGAUCUUUGUGCCGUCUUUAACGUGAUUAGGCACAAGCCCCGAGGAGCGCAUCAUGCUGCUAGGAGGGUUCUGGGGGUGGUCUGCUGGGGAGGUCUGGGAGCACGUGGCAGUGGAUCCAGCCCAGUCCCCAGGUGCUCUGACUGCAGGAGAGCCCUUCAUCGCACCUUCCUCCUGGUCUGCACUGUCUCCUGGGCAGCCAGCUGGCAGACCUUACCCUUAGGAGUUUUUCACGUUGUAUUUUCUCUUCCUGCAUUUUUGCCUCCACUUUUGUCUCUUUCCUGACCCAACUUUCCCUUGCCCACAUCCUUGCUUAGCAUUCAGCCCCUCGCACCCAGAGCUUUUUCCCUUCCGCCUCCUUUCUCUAGCAAAUGAGCUGUGAGGCUGCUCCCAGGCGAUGGCUGCUUGGGCUCCCCGGCUGCGGAGAGGUUUCGGUCCAGGUCUCGGCGCUGUGCGCAGCCUCGGGCUCUCAGAUGCGGGGUGCAGGAGGUGAGCUGUGAACUCCAAAGGAACAAAAAGACCCCGCAAAGUGGCAGUAGCAGAAGGGGAGCCGGGAGAGCACGGCGGAGGAG